GGAUCGCUAUCCAGUGGACAGUGGCUGCCGGUGCCGAACUCUGCCGCUGCAGGGCCGGCCGCUUCGGUCCUGCACGGGGCUCUGGGCACGAGGCCUGCCGCUUCAGGGCCGGGCGCUCGGCCGCCGUUGACCUCUCCGGUGCAGGCCACACCCACGGUCCGCGCUCCCACGCCUCGAUUUCCGCGGGUUCCACUGCCGUUGGCGCUGUCUUCGCCGUCGCCGUCUCCGUUGCCGCUGUCUUGGCCGCCGUCGCCGUUUCUGCGGUCCGCGUCUCUGCCACCGCCGUCCCGCUGUGGUCUGCCGUCACCGCCUCUGCCGCUGUUUCGGCCGCCAUCUCCGUCUCCGUGGCCCGCGUCUCGGUUUCUGCCGUCCCGCUGAGCUCCGCCGUCACUGCUUCUGCCGCUGCGGUCGUUUGGGCGGGUCCGGAGUCCCUCAUCCGCGGGUCCCUGCUGUUGCUGCCGCGUGGAGUCUCCUCCCACACCCGGGCGCCGGCCUCUGGCUGGGCUUCACACGGGGCGGGCCCCGAGGCCCACGUGAUGUGCAGGGUCUGGUGGUGCCACACUAUCCCCUGGCGCACGGCGGUCCGCACCUCCUGAGACACAUACGGGCCCAUCACCGCCGCCUCGGGUCCCCUCCACUGUUGUUGCUGAUGCUGCUGCCACUGCCCCUGCUGCUGAUGCUGCUGCCACUGCCCCUGCUGCUGCUGCUGCUGCUCAGGUGCACGGCGCUGCCAGAGCUCUUCUUCUUCGGCCUGCUGUUGCCGCCGCGCUGGGCCCUCGUCGUCCUCGGUCUGCUGCAGCCGCCGCUGCCACUCGGCCUCGGGGUCCGUGGGCAGCUCGCCCGUGGCCUGGGACUGCGCCCCCUUGGUCUCCGCCUCGUCGGUCCUGUGCUGCAUCGGCGGCAGCACCACCCGGAAUGGUGGGGGUGGCGGCGCCUCGUCGCUCUCCUCCGCGGGCUCCUUCGUACUGGUGGCUUCUUCCGCCUGUCGCCGCCGCGCUCUAUCCGCUCGUCCCUCCGACGCCUCAUCGCCAGCGCUGCCCCCAGCACCCGGUGGAUCCGGCGCUUUUCAUCCGACGUCGCCUGCCGGAACUUCCGUUUCACCGCCUCGACUCUGUCACGCAGGGUCAGCGGCUUUUUGUUCCUUGUUCCCGGCUCCGCCCUUUGCUGCCGCCUUCCCCUGGCCUUUUCUUCAUCGGUUGGCACGCGCGGUCCGUCGGUGAUUUGGAUUUCGUCGUCGCUAUCCUUGGCGCUCUCCUCCGACGACACCGUCGGCGACACCGAGUCGUGUCCCGAUGGUGCAGGUGACACCAACGGCGAGGCCAGCAGCUGGAGGAACUGGGAGCCAUCGCACCAUUCCUCCUCGUCGCUACGCGAGAGCAAGGACGCCCGUCGCUGACGAGGAGCCUCGGCGCGAUAGCCCCCUUCUCCUAUGAUCGCCUGCUGUUCCUCCAAGAAGGCCCGGAGAUCCUCCAUUUUCUUCUCACAGUCCUCGUGGUCGAGCCCGCGUUUCAUCUCCAUGUUUUUUUUUACUACGUUUUUUUUGUGUUCCCGCUGGUGAUAAUUACCUUCAAGUGUUCGUUGGUCCGUUUUCCACCCGCCUAUAUACACGCGUUGCAUUGCCAAUCGUUCCCUCUAACUGUGCCAGUGCUCCGUGUUUCGGUCUCUUUUGCCUGGUUAUAACGGUUGUUGCGUUUGUACUCAUGGCCCUCAGCCUCGUCUCUCUGCCGGCCGCGCUCUCUAACGGCAUCUUUCCCCUUGUUGUGUGAGUGCCUUCGCGCUCUCCGCUCUCUAUCCGAUUUCGCCGUCCUCUGCCGUCCGCUGGAGCGUCUGGCCGGUCUUAUCCCUUCCUUUUUUUUUUUGGAUAUUGUUGUGUUCUCGCCGCGUUUCUUUGUUGGACGUUAGAUAACACUUUUCCAUCUUUGAUGGACCCACCCCCUUCCCGUUUAUGAAUAUUUUGAUUUUUAUUCAAACAUUUUAUUUUUGCUUAUUCUGAUUUCCAUUUAACCCUUUAUGUUUGCUUAUUCUAAUUUUCAUUUAACCCUUUAUUUCUGUUUAUUUUAAUUGCUAUUUACUUCAUACAUGCUAACGUUGACCUGUCUUCUUCAUCCCGUGCUGAUUGGACCCUCCUUGGCCUGGCUCGCCCUCUGCCCUCAAUGCGGGCCGUUUGCCGCGAUUCCGCUCGUGAACAACGGGUCCUCCGACCCUCCGCCCGGGCUGGAAUCUUUGGCUCACAUUCCAGAGCAACUCCUACGCGCCUCCGGCCGGACUCAUUUGACGGGUGUCUCCCUCACACAGUGGAUCGGACCCGAGGAUCAUCCGACUCCCCGCCCGG